AUGAAAAUACUGAUUUCACUAAUUUUUCUAAAGUUAUCACUCGUUUCGGACUCCAAUAAAUUAGAUGUAUUUGGUGGAAUGAACCAUUAUAUGAAAUUUUUGGAGGAGAAUUGUGAGCCGCAUUGCAUUUUUCCGGAAUCUUCUCUCGCUAGUUAUAAUCUGGAUCUAUUUCCAACAAAUUGCAGCACUGUUUGCGCAGAUAUCCUAAUUGAUGAAAGAUCCAAUUUGUCCGAAUAUCAGCUAUCCCAUGCAUUUCAAAAUAUGAAACAUUUAAUUGGAAGCUUGGCAGUAAUGUCGACAGACUUCAAAAGUGGCACGUUCCUAGCUUCACUGGAAUCGGUGGAGUGUAGCACGAAAAGUCGACUUAAACCGCCUGUUGAUAUAAUAGAGCCACAGUUUAUGUGGGGCGACAACCACAAUAUGAUAAACUUGGGACUUGUUAAUCUAACCUCUAUAGGUUGUUCCAAUAUUUAUUUUCUGAGAAACACAGUUAGACUAUUGAAUCUUCCAAACCUGAAGAACAUCUACAAUCCAAAUGCAUUUACCAACGUAAUAAAAAUCCAAAUUGAAGCCAAUUUACAUGAGGAUUUCUGCAUCACAACUCAAGAAAUGCAGACUUUCAUCACCACAGAGUUUGCUUCACUAAACUGUAGACCAUGCAAGAUUUGCGAAAACAAUGUAAAUAUGUGCAAUGACUCACUAGAGAACUUGUUAGAUAAUUGUACACAUGUUAAUGGAAAUGUUAUGAUAGGACCUGAAAAUGAGCAUCUUGUAAGUAAGCUGAAGAUAGUUGAAACAAUAUACGGAAGCUUGAUUAUCAGGAGCACCAAUUUGACUCAUAUUGCGUUCUUAGAGAAUUUGAAGCAUAUUUUAACUUUUAACUAUAGCGUUUCAAUUAUUAUCGAAAACAAUCCGCAGUUUUCAAAUUUAACAUUUCCAAAUUUAAAGCGUAUCUACACAAACUCCUUGCUCACUGCCAUUAUGCUCAACAACAACAGUGACAUUUUAUCUCCCAACUUUAAAAAUUGUGACCUGAUUCAUGCACAAUUCAAAUACCUGAAAACCAAGUCAAUCUCGCUAGAUGAGAACACGUGUGAAGCAAUUCAAAGAUCGGCAAACAAUACAUUGGAAGGAAAACUUGCAAACCAUCCAAGUUUAGGAAUCAUGGGAUUUCUGAAUUUGAUAAUUAUAUUGGGCGCUUUGUGA